AUGCUCGUUGUAAAAAUUGCAAAUGCAACUCACCACGAUGAGAUGAACGCCAAGGCUUUCGAGGAUUGGUUCACCGGAGUACUACACGUGUUGCCUCCAAAUAGCGUGAUUGUGAUGGACAACGCUUCAUAUCACAGUGAAACUCUUUAUAAACUGCCAAACAUUAGCUGGAAGAAAGGUGAAAUUCAAGAGUGGCUAAAUGUAAAUGGAGUUUACUUCGACGACAGAGAUGUGAAAACAGAACUGAUAGCGCGCAUUCCAGAUCACCUUCUAAUGGCAGCAAAAACUUUCAAAGUCGAUAAAAUAGCAGAAGAGUUUGGUCACACGGUUUUGCGACUUCCUCCCUAUCAUUGCGACUUAAACCCCAUCGAACUGGUGUGGGCUAAAGUAAAAAAUGAAGUAGCGAGAAUAAACACAGAUUAUUCUCUCCACUCUGUAGAAGCCCUACUGAACAACGCUCUUGACAAUGUUUCUGAUGAGGACUGGAGGAAGGCUGUCAAACACGUAAUGGGAGUAGAAGACCUCAUGUGGGACCUGGAGGCCAUGAGCGAUGACGUUCAGGACAAUUUCAUCAUAAACCUGGCAGAAGACUCGGAAUCCGAAGAUGGCAGCGAAGUUGGCAGUGAAGGCGAACGACAUGACACAGAAGAUGACUCGGGGGAUGACUUAGCGGUUCCAUUAUGA